AUGGCAAAUUUGAACUGGAGUUAUCAAGGCAACAAUGCACCUGACCACUGGCACAAGUUAUACUCUAUUGCCAAUGGAGACCAUCAAUCUCCUAUAGAUAUUAAAACCAAGGAAGUCAAAAAAGAUGCUUCUCUGGGGCAUCUCAGGAUCACCUGGAAGCCUUCCACAUGCAAAGAGAUUGUCAAUGUUGGACAUUCUCUCUAUGUGGAAGAAGAUGAGGAUAAUCAAUCAGGUUAUGCUGGCUGUGGUCCUCUCACUGGAAACUACAGAUUGUGCCAGUUUCACUUCCAUGGGGGCCAAACCGAUGACCAAGGCUCUGGGCACACCAUGGAUGGGGGGAAAGAGGCCUCAGAGCUUCAUCUCGUUCACUGGAACUCAGACAAGUAUUCAGGCAGAGCAGAGGCUUUCGACAAGCCAGAUGGUUUGGCAGUUGUCACUGUUUUCCUGAAGUUUGGUUCAGGCAAUGAAAACCUGAAGGAUGUUUUGAAGGCCUUGGAUUCAGUAAAGACUAAGGGUAAGCAAGCACCACUUUCUAACUUUGAUCCUGCAAGCCUACUGCCUACAUCCUUGGAUUACUGGACCUACAACAGCUCUCUGACUCAUCCUUCCCUCCAUGAGAGUGUUAUCCGGAUUAUCCUCAAAGACUCCAUUACUAUCAGCUUGGAGCAGCUGGAAGAAAACACAGAAAGACUUGAUCAUAUAGUGGCCAUUGCCACCAAAAAGCUGCUAGGCAUGUGUAAACCCAUGUGA